AUGCAUCCAGUUCCAACUGAUGAAGCUAUGCUACCAAUGAUUGAUGGGUUGAUCGAUGGCUUGAUUUCGGGUCCUUUUGAUGGCAUAAGCAAGCAAUGCAACAAUGUAUCUCUCCAUCGAGGUACCUUGGUCGCCCACGAGACGUGCUUGUUCGUGGAGCUUGGGGGGAGGAGGGGUGUUCAGAUUGCUUUGGCUGCACUGCUCGGCAAACAUUUGCAGGGCCAGAGCCCGGCCCUGGAUAAACGGCACCGCUAG